AUGCCUACGUUGACCGAACUCGCGCAGAAGAUCCUGGACAGUGCUCGUGCGCUCGACGAGUACACUGCAUCUCAGGGACUGGAGCCCACCUCCUUGACCCAGCAUACGCUCCCAACCCUCUCCGGUGAUCUCGAGGUAGCCCGAAAGAAGCUCGUGGAUUCGGCCACUGAGCUGAAAGCGCUGGUUCAAGGCCCCAUCGGCCAGCUCUACGACGUUUUGUUUGCGUUCACGGAUCUCAUGAGCAUCCGCUUCAUCUACCGGCAUAAUGUCCCGCACCACGUCCCCCUCGAAGGCGACAUCUCCAUCUCCGACCUCGCCGACAAGACCAAGCUGGAUCCCAUCCGCCUCCGGCGCUACCUCCAGCACACCAUCAUGUACCACGUCUUCACUGAGUCGCGGCCCGGGUUCGUCGCCCACUCGGCGGCCUCGCGCCUCCUAAGCACCGACCCCGCAGCUCUCGACACGGUGGGGUUCCUCGUCGAAGAGCUCGCGCCCGCAGGGACCAAGGUGAUUGAAGCCGAGGCGCAGUGGCCCGACUCGGCCGAGCCCAACGAGACCGGGUUCAACGUCGCCUUCAACACCACCGACUCGUUCUACCGCGAGAUCGCAAAGACGGACGAGCGUGCGCGCCGCUUUGGCGCCGCCAUGCGCUUCAUGACCAGCGGGACCUUCUACGACAUCGCCCAUCUGAUCCGCGGGUAUGACUGGAAGGCCCUGGAUGUGCCGGGGGCCGUCAUGGUGGACGUGGGAGGCGGGCAGGGGGCAGUGAGCCGGGCGCUUGCCGGCGCGACUACGCAUCUUCGCUUCGUCGUCCAGGACCUCGAGGGGACGGUCCUCGAGGGCCAGCGGAUACUGCCCGGGCAUCUGCACGACCGGAUCACCUUCCAGGCGCAUGAUUUCUUCACGCCGCAGCCCGUCAAGCACGCCGACGUCUACUUUUUCCGAUAUAUCCUGCACAACUGGGCGGACAAGUAUGCCGUCCAGAUCCUGCGGAACCUGAUCCCGGCCAUGAAGGCGGGAUCUCGCGUGAUUAUCUACGAGUUCCUUUUACCGGACGUCUCGCAGCCGGAAUGGACGAAGAAACAGUGGCGAAACCUCGAUAUGAUCCAAAUGCUGGGCUGGAACUCCCUGGAACGGACCGAGUCGGACUGGAAAUCCCUCUUUGCUUUGGUUGACCCCCGUUUGCAGUUUGUUGGGACAAAGACCCCCGAGGGUAGCAUAGUUUCUCUGAUUGAGGCUAUCUGGCACCCAUAG